AUGAAGCAAAAGAUGGUGAUCAGGGUGCACAUGACCUGCGACAAAUGCCGGUCCAAGGCAAUGGGCUUGGUUGCCUCCAUUUACGGAGUGGAGCGUGUGGAGAUACAGGGCGACGACAGGGACCGGCUGGCGGUGGUCGGAGAUGGGGUGGACGCCGCCAACCUCACGGCCUGCCUGCGGAAGAAGGUGGGGAACGCGGACCUCCUCACGGUGGAGGCGGUCGUUCCUGAGAAGAAGCCGGCGCCGGCACCGGAGACCACCGAGGCUCCGUGGUGUCCCGGCUAUUACUCCUGGCCGGCAGGGGCCUACUCCCACUGCUAUCCGUACACGUACAGCAUGUAA